UCAUCCCAAGUGCAACAUCCCAGUUUUAUAUAGUUAUCUUUACUCUUAGGAAUAUAUUAAGUGCGUCGGCAAAAUGGGAUUGCCACAGCUAGAAACAUGCUGUUUUGUGUUAGAUUUAAAAACUGGUAACAUAGUAAUGGGAUGCCUUAAUGCGUUCCUAUCCUUCACGCUGUUCGUGAUCAUGAUAGUAGUGGCAUGUACCAUAGAGCCCCUGGAGGUGAAGGCAUACCACGAUGAUGACGUGAGCGCAGAGGCAGCACUCACAGGCCUGUACGCCAUGUCCAUUAUACUAGUGAUCAUGUUCUUGGCGAAGUUCUGCUUCGAUCUGUUCUUCGUGUAUGGAGUGGUUAUGGAGAAGGCAUCCAUCAUCCGAGCUUAUUUCGUCAUGUGGAUCGUGUUUUUCCUGCUGUCUAUGUUCACCUUCUUUCUCAACUCACCACAUUACAGCGCGGGGACGAUUAGCGUGGAAGUGUUUUAUAUCAGUCUAAAUGUCUACGCGAUUCUUCUGAGCAAUAGUUUCUAUAAAUUGCUCAACACUCGUGAAGAGGUUUAAUUUAAUUUU